AUUCUUGAUUCUUUCCAUAAUGGCCGAUAAUAAAUUUUUAUCAAAAUUGACUCAAAAUUUACUCGAAAUUUUAGACGAUGAAGAAUAUUAUGACAUUACAAUUGAAGUUGGUAAAGACCCUCACGUAAAAAUUUUUCGCGCUCAUAUGGUUAUAUUAAAUUAUCGUUCGUCUUAUUUGAGAAGAAUUUUAUCAACUAAUAAAAGGAAAAACGAUGGAACUUUAGCACACAUUAAAUUGCCAAAUAUUUCACCUGAAACAUUUCAAAUAAUUUUAAGGUAUAUUUAUAGCGGAAGACUUUCUCUUGUAAAUUAUGAUAUUUUAGAUAUCAUUAAAAUCUUGGUUGCUGCUAGUGAACUUAAUCUUCAAGAGUUAAUUCCUUAUUUACAAUUGUUUUUGAUUAAAAAUGAAACAAAAUGGGUGGAGAAAAAUUUUGCCUUUAUAUAUAAAACGAGCUUCAAAAAUGAUUCUUUCUUGGAGCUCCAAAAAUUUUGCACAGAAUUAAUAUCUAAACAACCA